AUGGCCUCGGUCAUCGACGAGCCGGACGAGGACAUGUCAGCCCGCACCCACCGCGCUUAUCUAGAACGAUCUAAGCUGCUGCCACACGACGAAGAUUUGGCUGCUGUGCAAGGUCUGAUCUCAAAGAUGCGGACGCUUAAGCAGUCAGCGAAACUUCGCGGCUUGAAGCAAGAGAAUCCCGAUACAGCCUCGCUAGCAGCAUUCCGGCUACCUCAAACAAGCCCGUUCAGAAGGUGUCCUGCCAGCAAUGCACCGUCAGCUUUCGCCCCAGCAUCCAGCCUCUGCGGAGUCUUCCGCCACGAUGCAGGUGCCCUCCAGCGCCUUUCCUACCAGCCCACCGGUGUCCAGUAUGGCCCCUCUUUCAGUGACUUCGGAGGCUACACAAACCGUGAGUGGCUGGCGCAGGAUAUUAACAACGUCGACGCUGAGCCCACCCAAAACAAAGCAGAGGAAGAAGAAAGCGACGAACCUGACGACCGUGGUGAAGAAGACUGGAGUGAUUCUGACGAUGCUGACGAUAUCUCUCGUGAUGAAGAAGUGCUAACCGGGGAGAGCGAACCUGAAGAGCAGGAAGCGCCAAGCGAAGAGCAAGGCCACAAUGCCAAAGCAGCAAAACGAGCUCGUCUGGAUCACAGAGCAGGAAUGGCCGCCGCUGCUCAAGUCAGCCAGGACCACCGUGAUUCUACACGGUCCACCCCCGCGAAAACGGGCUCCACAAAGGCGCAAAAGCUCCAAUUCUCAAGUGCCAGCAAGUCUUCGGCGCCCGACAUCGCGAGCUCGGAGAUUAAGUUUAUUUCCUUGGAGAAUCUCGCGGGGCAGCUGCAUCUGUCGUGA